GAGGCUGGGCCGGCGGCGGGCGGGGCGCGGCGCGGCGGGCGGGACGGGGCGGCGCCGCGGCGGUGCCCGGCUGUGGGCGGGUUCGAGGCUCGGGCUCGCCGCCUCCGCCAGCGCCGGCACGUCGCUGACACCCUCGCGAGGUGGCAUGAAACAUCCUGUUUGUAAGCAUAUGCAUAAGGAAUGCUCUUGUCACACCUUGAUAAGUUACUUUGGCCUAAACAUCGAUUGCCUCUUGUAAAAACCUAAAUGGCAGCUCAGAAAAGGAAGUCUACGUUAGUAGAACCUUCUGCUAAACGUCCAAAGCUGGACAAGAACAGCAAACCGUCUUUGUCAAAGAAGGAAAAAGAAGUGUCAGAUACAAAACAUGGCUCAAAUAAAUCAAAGCCCAAUCAGUGUGCAGUGCAGGAGAAGGCUGUGCUCAAAACCUCUGACAAACCAAACAGUGAUAACACCAAUGAACCUGAAGUAGGAACACGCAUGACUACAAGAUCAUCAGCACUCAACUCAAAUAAUAAAACAAUACCUGGCAAAACAGUUCAACAGCAGCAGCCUAAAUCUGCAAAAAAUAAGGAGGUAUGCCAGAAAAAAUCUGUGCAAGAAAUUCCUAAGUCAAAAUGCUUAAUUGCACCAAACGAGCCAGUAAUGAGGAGAUCACAGAGGCUGCAGCAGUUAACACAUGUGCAUGUUCCAGCAAGAUCCCUGCGCAGCAGAGAAGUUAAAGAAGAAAAAGUUACAGAAGUUAAGCACAGUAGCCAGGCAAAAAAACACACUCACAGUGUUGCAGCAAAACCACUGAAAUCUGCUGAAGGGAAAACGGAGCAGAAAAACACAAAGAUAAAGCCAAACAAUACAAAUGAGGAUAAAGAAAUACGUGUAGGAGUGACCAGCUCUCUGAAAGAGAAAAAGUGUAAAGCAGACAAUAAAAAGGCUAAUUCCAGUAGCUUUCAACAAAAUCUUCAAGGGUCCUCGUCAUGUCCUGCUGAGAGUCUUGAGAAAGUCAAGAAAGACCAAACAGGGCCUAUAUCUCCUAACUCUAGUAAUGCAAAGAAAGUGGAAGCUGAUUCUCUUAAGCCAAAUUCUGCAGCGUCUAAGGAAAAGCAACAAACACAUCAGAACAUAAAACCCAGUACAAAACCAAAAAAUACUUCACAGCCUGUCUCUGUAAGUGAGACAAAUGUGGCUGAUCAACCAGAGAACGAUGCAAAAUCCAAAAGGGUGAGCAUUCUUGAACUUUGUGAAGAAAUUGCUGGUGAGAUUGAGUCAGAUACAGUAGAAGUGAGAAAAGAUUCCCCUAAUGCAGAGGACAGCAAAGCAGAAGAAAAGCACGGUGACACACAGUUACAGCAAAGUGAAAUGCUUACUCAGAAAGAACCCAGUCAAAGUACUCAAUGCAAACGGUUUUUCCCUAGUAAAAAAGCAAUGCCUGUCAAAUGCACUCUGAAUGGUAGAAAUAACUCCUCAAACAAAAACUCUAAAUGGACCAAAAUUAAAUUGCUGAAAGCUAGUAAUGUGAAGCAAAGUAACUCAAAUUUUCCAAAUGUCCCCAAGCUUCCUUUUUUAAAAGAUUUCCCUGAAGUUUCAGAGGCAAGUCAAAUGGCUGCAGAAGCAGAGCUUUCAAAGGCACAAGGCAAGCUGUCAACAAGACUCUUUGAGAAUGAAAGUACAACUUGUGCACAGGAGAAAUCACCUCCUUCAUCUGAAAGAGCUGAAGCUAAAGAAGUGACAUUAGAAACAAAACAGCCCCCAAGGAAAGGUGCAGAAAAUGGUCUGUUGCCUAACUUGACAAAACAUUUAAGUGAGCCAAGACCAGAUGAGAACUUUCGAUUACAUUUGGAAUCAAGUCCAGAAAGUUCUCCAGUAAAGUGUGUUACAGCUCCUAGACCACCAAAACAACUAAAAAAAGAACCCAGAGAAAGUGAACUUCAAGAUUUGGCUCCCACGCAGUUGAUGCAAACUUCAGUUACGAGUCAAACUUCUGAAUCUGAGAACAGGGCUCCGUUGUCAAAUCCUUCAUUAGCAUCAAAAUGCAGUAACUUGCCAUCAUCUGAGGAAUCUAUUCAGAAGCUAAAAGAAGCAGGAAAAGAUGGUGAUAAGCAGCUGAUCACAGAUGGAGGACAGAAGAGAUUUGGUGCUAUUUCCUGUAAUAUUUGUGGAAUGCUUUACACUGUGUCAAAUCCAGAGGAUGAAACCCAACAUCUUUUAUUCCACAACCAGUUCAUAAGUGCUGUGAAAUAUGUGGGUUGGAAAAAGGAGAGAAUCUUGGCUGAAUAUCCCGAUGGAAAGAUAAUAAUGGUUCUUCCUGACGACCCAAAGUAUGCACUUAAAAAGGUUGAAGAAAUCAGAGAAAUGGUAGACAAUGACUUGGGAUUUCAGCAAACUCCUCUUAUGUGCUACUCUAGAACUAAAACUCUUCUUUUUAUUUCUAAUGACAAAAAAGUCAUUGGCUGCUUAAUUGCAGAACAUAUCCAGUGGGGCUACAGAGUUAUAGAAGAGAAGGUUCCAGAAAUCAGUUCAGAAAAUGAGAAAGUGAUAUUUGAGAGACAGAAAGCAUGGUGCUGUUCAACUUCUCCAGAACCCGCGAUCUGCGGCAUCAGUCGGAUCUGGGUGUUCAGCAUGAUGCGUCGGAAGAAGAUCGCUUCUCGGAUGAUAGAGUGUCUCAGGAGCAACUUCAUAUAUGGCUCAUACUUAAGUAAGGAAGAAAUUGCUUUCUCUGACCCCACUCCUGAUGGAAAGCUGUUUGCAACACAGUACUGUGGCACUGGCCAGUUCCUGGUAUACAACUUCCUCAAUGGACAGCACCAGACUUAGCUGCUCUGCAGGAAUUCCAUUUCUAUUGGAGACUUCUGCCAAACUGCAUAGAGUGGGUACAGACCUUCAGCAGAAGCCAGGGCAAUUUUUAUUACAGUGAACUCAGGACUGGUAACAACCAAAUGGUUGUACUAUUUUAUUAAAAUUGUAAACAAUGCAGUAAUAGGCUAACUUUGUUUUUUUAAAAGAAAGAUAUUUUAUUAACUUUUACAAAAGUUUGAUUGUAUUUUAUCUAGUUAUUCAUGUUUACAUGCAGCAGAAAUUUGUUCAUAGUGGACUGUAAACUAAUGCAAAGACUCUAGUCUGGCUGACGAGUACAUGCUGAAGUUCUUACUGAGGUAAUAUACCAGUGCUUCCCAGUACUGGAACGCUGGGCUCCUGCCCCAGCUCCCACUACCAGCUCUUGUCUGACAGAGUUCCAGGCUGUGCCCAGUGGAAUUGGGGCAGGAAGUGUUACAGUGCAGCCACUGUGGGCAACAACCCUCACAGGUUGUGCGGUGCCUUCCAGGGUGCCCCUGUACCCUGCCUCCGUGUCAGGCUGCCUGCUCCCUGGCAGCAGCAUUGGAAUCUUGUUGUGGCCCCUGUCCCCUUCUCCCCCAGAUUAGUUUUGGAGUAAAAGGUGGAAUGAAAAGCCCAAGGACUGGUGUACUCGUCAUUCUUCAAGUAUUGUACUGAGUAUAUAUACCUUUGUUAAUGGACUUCACUUUGAUACUUGUCACUCCUUCAUAAAUCUCUCCUCUUUCAAAGGGUUUGUAUGUUGAAAAACUGCUGUGGCCUUUCUUGAUCUGUACAUAAUGUAGAUAGAUUAAAAAUAAAAUACUUGAUAGCUUUUA